AAUAUUAUUUUUAUUAUUAUUAUUAUAAUUAAUUCAUUUUAUUAUUAUUUAACCUCUGUGAGAAUUUUGGUUUGUUUUAAUGCAUUUUGAGUUCGCGCCAAGCUGCGCUGAGGAGAGGUGCAUGUGGGAAACUGGAGCCCAGAGUUGCUGUGCUGAAUAUGUUCUUGUUCUAAACAGAAAUAAACCGAAGCAAGUCUGAUCUCUUCGACUCUUCAUUCCACGACUGUUACAUCUGGUGCCGUGACCCGGAUCCAUUGGUUAGCCGCUGCCGACCGCCGAGGGUUCAGCUGUGUGCCAGUGACGCUGAUGUCAUCAAGUUGGUCGGCCUGUGGAUCCUGCUCAUUGUUGUUGAGGUUGCGAUCACUUUUCUGAACACAGAGACUUAAGACAUAUAUCAAACCACUAUAUUAGUUAGAUUAAAGCCAUUUUUUGUGUAUGUGAAUAGUGAAACUAUUUUGGUUUAAUUUUUUUUAUUACUGCUUUUUUACUGUGUGCAGUAUGGCAGGCAGAGGUCAUAGUACCUUUAAUGUUUUCACACCAGUAGUUGGUCGUGGCAGAGGGCUGUUAGCCCAGAGUAGUACUCACGUGAUUGAUGAGGGGUCAUCAGAAACAGAAGAGAUUAUUGAAAUACCUCCAUUAGAGCCCCAGUUUUCCACCCCUGUAAAUAAUAAUGAAAACACCAUACGACAGUUACGCGACCUCAUUGGUGAGAUAGGGAGCCAAAUAGGUGAGGCCAUUACCAGCCGUCUGUUAGACAGCGGAUCUCAUGUUACUCCAGAGAAGCCUCCACCAUCACAGUCUGCACGGAGUGAAACAUCUAACACAGUGUUUGAUCUCUCAAAAAUGAGCCUGGUGGUGAAAUCAGACAUUAAAGAGCCUCCUAUCUAUCGUGGUGAUGGUGAUGAUAGGAUCUCUGUUCAUGAGUGGAUAGAAAUAAUGGAGGUCUACCUGCGCAAAAAGGGAUUCCCAGCUGAGGAAAAAACUGAUGAAAUCCUGAACCACCUGCUUGGCAAGGCAAAAAGCAUUGUUAAGAUCGGAUUAAAGAGUGCUCCUUCCACCACACCUGUAAACCCUGAGGCAGUUUAUAGCAUUCUGAGGCGCUAUUUUAGCGACAUUCCUGGAUCUUGCUUACCACUGGCUGAUUUUUAUGCUACUCAGCCGAUGGCUAAUGAGACACCAGUAGACUACUGGGUUAGACUUAACACAGCUGCUGAAAACGCUGACAAACACUUGAAAGAUCAAGGAAGCAGCCUGAAUAAAAUGGAUACAGAGAUAGCAAUGAUGUUCAUCAGAAAUUGUCCUGAUUCUAGUCUCGCCUGUGUUUUCAAGUGUAAGCCCACCACUAAGUGGACAUUCACUGAGGUGCAAGAGGCCAUUGAUGAGCAUCAACGAGAGCAGCAAGUGAAGAGACCACACGCAACUGCCCCAAAAGCAAAAACACUCCAGAUUGCCACUGCAGUAGCAGCACCUGACCACUCAGAGCUUGAAGUAGAAUUCGACCGACUCCAUGUCAAGUAUGUGGCAACAGUAACCACUCUACACGGACACACUGCAUGAGAGAGAGAAGAUGCCUGGCCUGUCUCGAGAUUGGACAUCAGCGAAGAAGCUGUCCAAAAUUCCCUAACACUCAGCGAGUUGGAGGCUCUAUUGACCAGGGAAACUAAACCACUCACACUUGAGAGGGCACUGUGUGAGUGAGUAUGAUGAGUCCCUCACCCCAACAGAAGACAUAAAGGUUGUGUAUACAGAAAGUUUGAAAUCUGCUCCAGCCAACACCCAUGUGUUGUUUCAAAACAUAUCCAGACUAGAAAAGGCUGACAGCCUCUUUUACACUGAUGCACAGGUUGGGGAUAAAGUGUCAUUGCAAGCUCUUUUAGACACUGGCUCCAUGGCCUGCACUAUCAGCGUAGAAGCUGAGCAACUUCUUGAGAAUGCAGGGCUUACAUCCCAGCCUGAUUGUGAUCGUAAUGACAUUAUUCUUGUAGGCUGUGGAGGAGUUCAAGUAAAGCCCAAAUGCAUCCAUGAAUUAAAAAUGGAAGUAUAUGGAUGUUCAUUUAUUGUUCCAGCUUUAGUGGUGCCUGGGCAGAAAGAUCAGCUGAUUUUGGGCACAAAUGUCAUCAAACACCUCCUAAACCAGUUCAAACAUUCUCCUCACUUUUGGCAAGUUAUGAGUAAACCAGAGUCUGCCCAAACACCAGAAGUCAUAAAGUUUCUUAGUAUGCUGUCUGGCACUGAAAGAUGGAGAGGUGAUGUGAUCCCAGAUUUUAUUGGGACAGCUGAACUGGUGCAGGCAGUCACUCUUCUCCCAAAGCAAGAACAUUUGAUUUGGAGCAGACUCCCUAAAAACUCGCCUCUCUCCGAGGGCAGUGCCAUUCUAGUUGAACCAUCACCCAAAACACAGAUGCAUAAAAAAGACAUUAUUGUCUGUAGAUCAGUGUCCUCCAUGAAUGGUGAUAGGUGGGUCCCAGUGCGCAUUCUAAACACCUCUGAUAAGGCCAUCAUAUUAAAACGCCAUACCAAAGUAGCGGAGGUGUCCACCUGUAUAGCCCUUGAAGAUAUGGAUGUGAUCCCUGAGCAGGUGCUAGAUAAAAAAUUCAGUACCAACAAUCAGACAGUGAAAGAUGACAAAACAAUCAGCUCAGAUUCUCUCUGCACCAGCUUCCGUGACACUCUGAGUAACUUGGGGUUAGAAGAUCUGGACAUUGACUCUUGUGAGGUGGGUGAUUACUGGAAGUCAAAACUGUUGCAGUUGGUCCAGAAAUAUGAAGGCAUUUUUUCAAGAAGCAAACUUGAUUGUGGGCUGGCCAAAGAUUUUGUCCACCGCAUCCGCCUCUCAGAUAAUCGACCAUUUAGGCUUCCAUAUCGACGUGUUCCACCAGGGCAGUACCACAAGCUGCGACAAGUUCUCACAGAGAUGGAAGAACGGGAAAUCAUUCGCAAAUCUAACAGUGAGUGGGCGUCUCCUGUAGUGCUGGUCUGGAAGAGGAAUGGAGAUCUUAGGAUCUGUGUGGACUAUCGUUGGCUAAAUGCUCGUACAGUUAAGGACGCUCACCCGUUGCCACACCAGUCAGACUGUUUGACGGCUUUGGGUGGCAGUGCCAUAUUCUGUGCCAUGGACCUCACUUCUGGUUUUUAUAACAUAGCCAUGGCUGAAGAUGAUAAAAAACUAACAGCCUUCACCACACCCAUGGGGUUGUAUGAGUUUAACAGGCUGCCUCAGGGCCUCUGUAAUAGUCCUGCCAACUUCAUGCGCCUCAUGAUGAACAUCUUUGGGGAUCAGAACUUUUUGACCCUGCUUUGUUAUUUGGACGAUUUGCUUGUUUAUGCUCCCGAUGAGGCAGAAGC